GGUGUUUGCGGGUCUCCUCGAGGGUCUUGAGUGCCCGGCCGCGUCGCGUCGGUGCGGGCGUCAUGUCAGACAACGAGGACAAUUUUGAUGGUGACGACUUCGAUGAUGUGGAGGAGGAUGAAGGGCUUGGUGACUUGGAGAAUGCUGAGGAGGAGGGCCAGGAGAACGUUGAGAUCCUCCCCUCUGGAGAGCGACCACAGGCCAACCAGAAGCGAAUCACCACACCGUAUAUGACCAAGUACGAGCGAGCCCGUGUACUCGGCACCCGCGCCCUCCAGAUCGCGAUGUGUGCCCCCGUGAUGGUGGAGCUGGAGGGGGAGACAGAUCCCUUGCUCAUCGCUAUGAAAGAGCUCAAGGCCCGAAAGAUCCCCAUCAUCAUCCGCCGUUACCUGCCGGACGGGAGCUAUGAAGACUGGGGGGUGGACGAGCUCAUCAUCACCGACUGAGCCGGAGUCGUCUUCCUGACUGUGCCUCAUCCUAUUUCUCAUUCUUUCUACGUGUAAAUAAUAAACUGUUCAGCCUUUUAGCCCG